CGCUCAGUACAGGGCCAGUCAUAUGACCACCACGAGCCAUUGAGUCUGGGAGGCCGGUCAGUGGUUUAGUCAGCAGUGAGGCGGAGAAGAGGGCACAGCAGUCAUGAGGGUACUGGUUCUGUUAGGCCUGCUGGCUUUGGCGGUGGCUGAAUUGCCCAGAAUUCCAUUGUACAAAGUGAAGACUUCCCGCCGCACCCUUCAGGAAGUAGACACACCCCUGGAGCUGGUGCGGCGACGAUGGGGACAGGGCGGACCCAUGCCUGAGCCUCUCUCCAAUUAUAUGGAUGCUCAGUACUAUGGCCCCAUCUCCAUCGGCACCCCGCCACAGUCCUUCCGAGUGGUAUUUGACACUGGCUCCUCCAACCUGUGGGUGCCUUCCAAGCAGUGCCACUACACCAACAUUGCCUGUCUCCUUCACAAUAAGUAUGACUCAAGGAAGUCCUCAACUUUCAAGAAGAAUGGAACCGAGUUUUCUAUCCGCUAUGGGUCUGGCUCCCUCUCUGGCUACCUCUCCACUGACACUGUGGCUGUUUCAUCUGUUGCUGUGAAGGAUCAGACUUUUGCUGAAGCACUGAGUGAGCCCGGCCUUGCUUUUGUUGCUGCCAAGUUUGACGGCAUCCUGGGCAUGGGCUACAGUACAAUUUCUGUGGAUGGUGUCACUCCAGUAUUUGACAACAUGGUGCGACAAGGCCUGGUACCAGCCCCCAUCUUCAGUUUCUACCUCAACAGAGACCCACAAGCUGCCGAGGGUGGAGAGCUGAUCCUUGGAGGCUCUGAUCCCACAUACUACACAGGAGACUUCACCUAUGUGCCUGUUGAUCGGAAAGGCUACUGGCAGUUCAAGAUGGAUGGGAUGCAGAUGAAUGGCACCCCAGUUCCCUUCUGCAAGGGAGGAUGUGAGGCCAUUGCUGACACCGGCACCUCCCUCAUUGCUGCACCCAGUGAGGAGGCUCGGCUCAUCAACAAGAAGAUUGGUGCCAAGCCCAUUGUAGGAGGAGAGUGGUCAGUGGACUGUUCCUUGAUCCCACACCUGCCCAACAUUUCCUUUGUCUUUGGUGGAAAGCCCUUUACACUUGAGGGAAAGGACUACAUCUUGAGGGUGAGUCAGCUUGGCCAGGUGACCUGCUUGUCUGGAUUCCUUGGGCUGGACAUUCCUCCUCCUAUGGGUCCUCUUUGGAUCCUCGGGGAUGUCUUUAUUGGACGCUUCUAUACAGAGUUCGACAUGGGAAAUAACCGUGUUGGUUUUGCCACAGCCAAGUAGGCGAGUGCAAGGGUCAUGUGAUAUCACAGUGGGCUGGUUAAUGACAGCCGUGUUUGUAAAGAUGUCAGCGCUCAGAUACCAAAGUUUAGGCAUUUUUCUUUUGGAAUUUCUUGUAAGAGACUACAUUACUCUUAAUUAAAUGUUGACUGUCUUGUUUGAUUAUUAAGUUUGUGCAAUAAUGAUAAAUGUGAAAUAUGUUAAUCAAUUUAAGAAUGAUUUUAGUAUAAAUGUCAGUAUAAAUGUUCUCAUUGUGAUACUCGUGCAUUGAAAUAGCAAAAGGAGGCAGUGGGUAAUGGUUGUAUUUGUGCCUCACUUGCAUCAUAGGACCUUAACAGCAUGACAAAGUAACCCUCCAUUUAAUUAAUUUGUUUAAUUUUUUUACUUAAAUUUUUCUAUACCUUUUGUUGUUAAUGUGGAAGACUGCAUUCUUCUGUAUACAGAGAGAGGCUCAUGAAAUGGUUGUCAUCUCCCUUCACCAGACAUUGCUGGAGUUGUGAUAUGCAAGUCAUGUGGUUGUGUUGUUAUACUGUGUUCAGAGAUUAGAAAGAACUCCAAAGCUUUGUGUGCAUUAUAUGAUAAAUGAUUGUUGCAGUAUUGUAUACUUUCACCAUUGCGAGAGAUAGAUAACAGACUACACUUUUUUCAAGUUCAUUUAUAAUAAGGUUUGUUGGAAGGACAUAAUCAAUUAAUGGAAUGGACAGUGAGUAAAUGAAUUUCUUUAGGGGUGUCUCCUCUUUUCUUGUAGUUCUAUGUUGUUUGUAUAAAUCACCCAGCACUGAUGAUGUGGCCACAGAAUUGUUUUAUUCUUGCCAGCCACAACUAUUGUCUCUCAACAUGUCAGUUUUGCACCAAGCUACAAUACGGGGAGAUGAAUUUAUAUAUCUCUAGGUUGUCCAUCCCCAAUACAGUAUUAAAACAA